AUGUUCCGAGAAGGUACAGAAUUAGCAAAUUCUCUGAAAGCGAUCGAUACGGGGUACGAAAGUCCAGACAAACGACGAGCGGUGGAUAAUUGCCGCAUUGCUUGUUUGAUACACCUCAACCUGGUCAUGGCCGAGUAUGGAGACUUUUCACCGGCAACCGAGGAGUAUCUUCAGGUUCUGCAACGAAUCCUCGAAGAAGACGACGAUGACAGUAUUCUCAGUGCUGAGCACUUGUUGUGGACGCUGCUUACAGCGUUUAGACCUCAGGGCCACUACGAGCGGAUAUGGAAGAUGUCUAGAUUGGUGGGCGUGAUGAAGAGGGCGAGGGCGCGGUCUUGGAGGACGAUCGAGGACGCGCUCCGUGCAUUUCUACGUUUGCCGGAGUCAAUCGACGAUCUUGAAUCUGCACUGUCAGCGUGUAAUCGAGAAGAAUUUUUGGGCGAGGUCAUUGCUAUCGGGGAUGUGGACGCUUGUAUAUUGGACACCCAGCUUGCUGGGAUGGACCAGCGACAGCACGACGUCCCAUGCUGUGAUGGUUGUCGCAUUUGUGCUCUCAAGCCGGCGACGUUCUAA